GGGGGUGGGAUUAUUUUUCAUGUAAUAGAUGAUGUUAAUGCGCAGAGCAUGAAAGCUGUUAUAAGCUAUGGGUCACUGGGAAAUAGCUUAUUGGGAAGAUCACGUUUGUCCAUGGUUUUGGAUUUUCUUUAAGCAUUUAUGUAUUGAUUUAUUUAGUUUAGACUUAGACAACGUACUGUAAGGCGAUAUUACAUCAUCUUAACAUCAGUAUUUAUGAAGUAGCCACAGGUGCCUCAUCUUUUAAUAGGAGUUAAUUGCGCAUUUAUUGACCAAAUAAACAUCUGAUGGCCAGAUCUUCUGUGUUGUCCAACUGCUGUGUUGGACUGUAGCCCAAGUCCAGCGCCUUCUUGGUUCAAUUUCUUCAACUCCCAUUGAGUGACACAGAUUAGAAAACAGCCUCAGGGUCUAGCCAACUGUAUAUAGACUUCAAUGAAUCCUCCUUCCACUUCCAAAUGUCACUUCAUGGAUUCCUUUGGGCAACCCAGACCAGAAGAUAACCAGUCAGUAGUUAGCAGAAUGCAAAAGAAAUACUGGAAAACCAAACAGGUCUUUAUCAAAGCAACAGGAAAAAAGGAGGAUGAGCACGUGGUGGCAUCUGAUGCUGAACUGGAUGCUAAACUUGAGGUUUUUCACUCUAUUCAAGAGACAUGCACUGAACUUCUGAAGAUAGUUGAGAAAUAUCAACUAAGACUUAAUGUCAUAUCAGAGGAAGAAAAUGAACUAGGGCUCUUUUUAAAGUUUCAAGCAGAACGGGAUACAACACAAGCUGGUAAAAUGAUGGAUGCUACUGGCAAGGCACUCUGUUCUUCAGCCAAGCAAAGAUUGGCCCUAUAUACUCCUCUUUCUCGUCUUAAGCAAGAAGUAGCAACAUUCAGUCAAAGGGCAGUAUCUGAUACCUUGAUGACAAUUAAUCGGAUGGAGCAAGCACGCACAGAAUACAGAGGAGCUCUGCUGUGGAUGAAAGAUGUAUCCCAAGAACUGGACCCAGACACCCUAAAACAAAUGGAAAAGUUCCGAAAAGUACAGAUCCAAGUGAGAAAUAGCAAAGCUUCUUUCGACAAGUUAAAGAUGGAUGUUUGUCAGAAAGUGGAUUUACUUGGAGCUAGUCGCUGCAAUAUGUUAUCUCAUUCACUCACUACCUACCAGAGGACACUGCUUGGAUUCUGGGAGAAAACAGCUCAAUUGAUGUCCCAGAUCCAUGGGGCCAGUACUGGCUUUCAUCUAUAUGAUUUUGUAGCUCUCAAGCAACUACAAGACACUCCAAGCAAGCUUACUGAAGACCACAAAGAAGAACAAAUAGACAACAGUUCUCUCACUGAAAACCUCAAUAAGUUAGUUUUGUCAGAUGAGGAAGUGAGCUUGGGAAGUAAACCAGCAGCCAAAGAUCACAAGGAAAAACAUUAUCAAAUAAGAGAAUUUGGAGCACCUCAGUUUUCUAACUCUGAAAAUGUUGCAAAAGAUUUACCUGUUGAUUCACUGGAAGAUGAUUUUGAGAAGGAAUUCUCAUUUCUGAACAACCUGCUAAGUCCUGGUUCUUCAAGUACUAGUGAAUUUACCCAAGAAUGCCAGACUGCCUUUGGGAGCCCCGGCACCAGCCUCACAUUCCAGGAGCCUUCUGUGGGGUCUGAGCCUCUUGCUCAUUCUUCACGAUUCCUUCCUUCACAGCUCUUUGAUCUUGGCCUUCAUGCUGUUGGAGCUUUCAACAGCUGGGCCUCUGAAAGGGGAUUAGAAGUUCCUCUUUCACACACUGAUAACCAGCCAGUGCCUUCACAGAGUCCAAAGAAAUUAACAAAGUCUCCCAGCAGUGGUAACCAAGACAUGUCAGCCUGGUUCAAUCUAUUUGCAGACUUGGAUCCACUUUCAAACCCAGAUGCUAUUGGACACUCAGAUGAUGAACUUCUUAAUGCUUGAUUGAAAUUAUGUCGUCACUUCAGUGGCCUUGAGACAUCAGUUUUACAACAUACUGCCUUUGUGGAAAGGAGUUUAUAUUGUAACACAUACACAAAAGCAUCGUGUUUGUGGAUAUAACACUUUUUAGCCAACUUUAAACAGAUGGUAAGGACUACAUCUGAAUAGAUUAAGUAUCUCUUUAAUAUCUUGGAUCUGCAGCUAUCUUGAUAAUAUGUUGAAAAUAUUACAAACUAUUGAGUGUGAAAUGGAUAUCAAAAUUUGUUUCAAGAUAACAGGAAGGAAUAAUUCUGUAAAUAAGGAGUUGGGCUUUUUUCUUUGGAAAGCCUUUUAUGUUCAAGUUGCCUUGCUGACUGUGAGACUUCUAUAUGUGGAUAAAGACAGCAUGUAAAUUGGGUUGUGAUUUGGGGUUGGUUUUUAAAUAAAACCGUAGCAGGGGGAGUUUUUUGUUGUGGAAAAUAGCACUAGAACCAGACUAGUUUUGUUUUUAGCUAGAAAAGUAGAUUAAGAUUUGAGAACUCAAUUUGCUUUCAUGAAAUCACAGAGAACUUGGUGCUUUUCUCCACCUGGGGGCUAAAAUGUAGUAUUAGUUUUUUUCCUUCAUACAGAAUCAUGGACACCCCUCAAUUCCAUGAUUGAAUUUUCAUAGGGAAGUAGCAGGAUGAUUUGUUUGCUAAAUCCAUCCUCUGUAGAAACAUAACCCAUCUCCUAAGCCACAAGAAUGUCUAGUAACAUUCAAGACAUUGUACAGGUGUCUCCGGGCCUAGUUGCUUUUUUUUUUUUUUUUACACAUUGCUACUGUAAUAUAUAGUAUUCAUAUUCUUUCUGAAAAGAAAACAAGGGGAGGACAAUCCCUAAGCAAGUGGCAAUAGUAUUCCUGAAAUUACCCAGAAACUUCUUUUUGAAUGAGGGAAAAAUGCUAAACAACUUAUCCUUAUACAUGUAAGGGUACAUCUAUCCUUACACAUUCACUUACAAUCUUUUUCUUGACAUGAUUUAACCAAGAUUUUCUGGCCAUCAUAGAAGGCUCUACAUGAUCAGUAAGAACCGGUCUUAUUUUUCCACUUUUUUCCUUUUUGUGGGUGACAUCAUCUGAGGCUCUGAUUACUAUGGAAAAACUGUUAUCCUUACUGGAGGGAAGUUAGUGUAAGCUAAUGAACACAUAGCCACUGUAUAAAUGUGUCAGUCAAUAUCCUGUUCUUUUUUCUUGCCCACCCUCUGUUUUGAGACAAUUUCUUCAGAAUAAGAAAUUCUUAUUUUUGACAUCCAGUUCAUUGCAUCUCCAUAAGGAAACAUUUUGACUAAGUUGUUCACAGCAGUUUCCAUGUGCUCCUAGUUUUAAACAAGCUUAUUGAUUGUUUACAAAAGAAUGGAUUGUAAUGUCUGAGUCACUGUAUAUAGAAGAAACAGGGUGGGUAAAGUGCCAUCCACCUCCAUGCAUAGCAUUCUGGCCUAGCUACAAUCUGAACCACCCAGGAACUCUCCAGAAAAUCGCUACUAUGUUGCAAUACUGCAGAGGCUGGAAAGACCUUACCUGAGGAUCAGAAACAUGGACUCAGGAAAAGAUUAUGUAAUCUUUUCAUGCUUAUUUCCAUUUUUUUAUUUGGUUAUCCUUUCAGAAGGAUUUUUUUUAUUCAGUAAAAUUCUCCAGAAUGCACUAGUACUGUUAGUGUUCUGCCAAAUUCAAUCACCAAGGGUCGUGAUUCAUAAUCAUAAUUUAAAUUCUAUGCCUAUGGUGACUCUAUGCUCUCAACUUUACUUCCAGAAAUUGCUAACUUUAUAUCAUGAGUUUGUGCCAUUUGUCUUUAAUUUCCUUUCACUAAUGCAUUAGUUCAGAAAUAAUUUGUGUAUUUCCUUCACAUGCACAUUAUCUUGUAUAAACAAAGACACCUCACCAAAGAGGAAAACCACUGGUUUCGCCAAGCCAGAACCCUGAAUCUCAGACUAUAAAUGUGUACAGAUAAUGACUUCAAUUUUCAAAGAAAGAACAAAAGUCCUCAAAAAAAAAAAAAAAAAAACCCUCACACACAAUAGAUCUUAUUCAGUUCUGAGAUUCUCUUAAAAUUUCUUCUCUCAAUACAGAGUGUGUGUUUGUUCCUUUAACCCAAAAGUAACAUUAACUGGCUUAGCAAGUUCAGUUAUAAUUUCAACAAAUCUAACAACUCCAUUUUUGAAGAGCACAUUGAAAACUUUGUUAUUAAAAUGAAGGUAACCAUAUUUUUUUCAGUAUUAUUUGAAGUUCAGUCAUUACAGGCCAGAAGCAGAAAUCUGGCUAUAUUACACCUACAUUGCUAAUAAAGGAAACAAACCACAUAUUUAGUAGGGAGUGAAAGGAAGGACAGGAUAGACAUAGAAUACAAAGGUGAUCAGUUGCUAUUUGCCUAAAUCUAGAUCAAACAUUCAAUAAGAAGUAAAUUAAUUAACCUUAACCAAAGGUAAGCUGAGAACUCUCUCAAAGUAAAUGUAUCGUUUUUAUAUUAAAUGGGGGAAAAUAAUAUCUCCUAGUUUUUAAUUCCAAAGAAGAAUGCAUUUAACUUUUGAAAAGCCCUGAAGAACUAAAACUUGUCUAAUCUUUCUUACAACCACUUUACAAAUUAGACAGGAAUACCAGGGCAUAUUAAGAUCAGAUUGAUGUAACUUUGUAUUUUUUUGAAAUCUUUCAUUAAUUGUAAAACAUAGCUCUGAUAUGGUUAGAAACAAACUGUAUUGUAAAAAAUAGGUUUCAGUAUUUGCACAAUGAAAAGUGUUUGCAUUUCAACUAUAGAUAUUUAUUUCACGUAACUAUCUUUAUAGACCAUCUGGAAAUGUAGAGGUCUUUACAGCUUAAGAACAAAAGGAAGUUUGUGCUCUAUUUUACUGAGCCUCUUUUAAUAGAGAUUACAAGAUGGCAUAAAACAAAAAAGUUUAUUUCCUGAAAUAUUCAACACAAACACAAUUAUUGUUAACCUAUUCAAAAAUUUAGGUUUUACCUCAGGACCAUAGUAGUAAAAAGGUAGUUUGAAUUGCUAUAGAUAACACAAAAUGAAAAUAAAACCAAGGCAAUUAA